CGGGCAUCACAGUAACAACCCCCGAACCACCUCCUCACUGCCCUGCUUGGCUGUCUCUUGUCAACCAACCUAACAUAAACUUCCCGUCUUUUCUCCCCGUCUACCGUUACAACCAAAAGUCCCUUCGCUCCCGGUACCUGAUCGCCAGCUACGCCCCGAUCUCGCUCGCCUUAUCGACGAAUUGAGCUUGUGCUGCAGAGCAUUGGCCAAACGCUACCGACACGCUAGGUACCGACACGGACAUAGGGGACACCGAACACACGACAUCGCGGUUUCGUCCGGUCUCCUCAUCCGCCGAGAACUCGCUCAAUUGUUGCGCCGCGACAUGCGCAUAUAAAUCCACGAUGGCUGACCAGGCCAGAACAGCAGGAGCAGGAGCAGGGCGGGAUAGGCCGCCUCCGCCCAUACCGCAGCCGCCAUUGAACACCGCUAAUGUGCUGCCUUCCCGCAAGAUCGCACCCACCAACACUACUCCCACCGAGGGCAGGGGGCCCGCCUUUGAUGAUGAGGAGCUUCAUGCUCGAGCCCCUCCCGUCCCCCGCUCCCAGGCACAUACUCCCGGCCAGCUAUCGACCCGGACGCAAAUCCAAGACCGUCAGCGCAGACCCUCUGAGGUAUCCAAGGCCUCAGAACUGUCUAUUCGCCAGCGCUCGCUUUCAACCGCUGUAAAUGUAGUAGGGAACGCAGCUUCGUCCUUGACUAUCUCCCAGCCUAUCUUUUCGCACGCCGCCCCUCCGCACAAAGCAGCUACGCCGACGCCCUCUUCGACGAGCUACAGGCAGCCGAGCACUACCCUACCCGACAAUCGAGAUAGCACACAUUCUUCCACGAUAACCAUAGGCACUGCGGCUACAAGAGAACGCAAGGACUCGUCUGCCGGCAGCGGUAGGGAGGCCUCAUCCAGGCGUCCGGCCGGCAUGCGGUCCACAUCCGCCAUCGCGAGUGGCCGUCCUGGUACCUCCUCGGCUGUUGCUCGUGCGAGCGGCACGCGCGGCGCUCGACCCGGUGCCCAAAUGAUACACCACGCUCCGUUCCCGCCACUGGUAGAUCCCCGAACCGCCCCGGACGUGCCCCCGGCGCCAUCAUCCGGCAUGUACUGGAGCAAGGCGCCUAUCUCAGGGGCAUCACAUACGGCGCUGCGCGCGCAUACCACAACGCUCAUCGGGUCCAACGUCUACGUCUUCGGCGGGUGCGACUCACGGACGUGCUUCAACUCGCUGUAUGUGCUGGACGCCGACGCCUUCUACUGGUCAGCUCCCCAGGUGGUGGGCGACAUCCCAGUGCCGCUGCGCGCCAUGACGUGCACCGCCGUGGGCAAGAAGCUGAUUGUCUUUGGCGGUGGCGACGGACCGAGUUACUACAACGACGUCUAUGUGCUGGACACGGUCAACUUCCGGUGGUCCAAGCCCCUCAUUCUCGGGAAGGACUUCCCCUCAAAACGGCGGGCACACACAGCCUGUCUCUACAAGAACGGCAUCUACGUAUUCGGCGGAGGCGACGGUGUCCGCGCGCUCAAUGACAUAUGGCGGCUUGACGUGAGCGACAUCAACAAAAUGUCGUGGAAACUAAUAUCAGAGGGGUCACCGGGGCCAGACGAUCAGUCAUCUUCGUCAUCAGGAGGGAACGGGGCCGGAAGCGGCGGUGGGAAGGGCUCGGAGGUACGAGUAUCAGGAACGACCACUGGCGGCGGCGAUAUCCGGCCUAAGGCACGCGGCUAUCACACCGCCAACAUGGUGGGCUCCAAGCUGAUCAUCUAUGGUGGCUCCGACGGCGGUGAGUGCUUCAAUGACGUAUGGGUCUACGACGUCGACACGCACGUGUGGAAGGCCGUCCAGAUCCCCAUUACGUAUCGUCGGCUGUCGCACACGGCGACCAUUGUCGGCUCGUACCUCUUCGUCAUUGGCGGCCACGACGGAAACGAGUACUCCAACGAGGUCCUCCUCCUAAACCUUGUGACCAUGUCGUGGGACAAGAGGCGGGUCUACGGCCUACCACCCAGUGGUAGGGGAUAUCACGGCGCGGUACUCUAUGAUAGUCGCUUGCUGGUCAUUGGCGGGUUUGAUGGUGCCGAGGUCUUUGGUGACGUGUGGCUUCUCGAGCUGGCUGUCCAUGCUUAUUAUUCGCAGAUCAGCCAUUUCACGAUUGAGGUUUAGACUUGGUGCGUGGCAUUAAAGGGGUAUUGGAAGGGUGUGGCUUCGUUUGUUAGCGCAUUGCAGUUUUACAGUCCAUAAGCAAAAGCAUUUGAAGGUUAACCAGGUGCUUACAGUACAUCCUUCUUCUGCUUCGAACGGGAUUCUCUUAUGUCAAAUUCGGAUGCGAUUUUAACCUGUGUCAGAAAGGGAGGCAAGGACGUUUGUAGACAGGCCAUCAGCAAGGCCAUCCGCCAUUGAUGAAGGCUAUUUGAUUUCUCAUUCCUUUGAGACACCAAUUUUGAAUGUGCGAAUGAUAUGCCACCACUUACUUAACCUGUUGUAUCUCUUCUUUUCUCGAACACGGACAACAAUCAAAGCGAUCCGCAUUUUGCAACUAGCAGGCGGACCGUUAAGUGUAAAGCAACACAUUCAGUUUUCCAUAGGUACACAUUAGAGACAGG